AUGCAUGACUCGGACCAUUCAUUUGACGGGGUUCGACGGCUCCGUGAGGUUCGCGCACGUCGAGAACGACGCAAGACUUUGCGCGGUGGGAUGGAAAAGAAGAGUUACUGGACCGAGCAUAACGUUCGUUAUUGGUACGGGGCAGUCGUCAGCUUCCAACGGAGUGUAACUCGGGUUGUCCAAGACGCCGUCGGCGGUUCAGAGGUCCGUCGGCACGAAGGCAGACUUCCCGCUAAGGCGACGUCUCCUAAGGAUGACAAGGACUCUGAGGGUGAUGAUGACGAGAGCGAGGCCAGUGAGAGAUCUCUGAGGAUGUAG